AUGUGUCCUUCAGGACCUCCUUUGACAACCAUAGACAUGUCCUUAUCGGGCCAACACAGCAACUUCCCUCAAAAGCAACAGCCACAGCACGUUGCAAAGAACAGCUCUGCAAGUGUAUUUGAUGAAGAGUUCUGCAGUUUUGCUUUUCCUGGUGGUUCAACCUACAAGUAUCUGUUGCCUAGCACUCAAGAAGCAAUUUUUAAUGCAGAAUUGGUUAAUAUCUAUGCGCCUGAGAAAGAAUCUUGUGUGUCUUUGAUCAAAGGACAGUGGACUCCCGAAGAAGACAGAGAACUGAAAAAGUUGGUGAAUGAUUAUGGUACACAAAAUUGGUCUAGACUUGCUGAGAAAUUGGACGGAAGGGAUGCAAGGCAGUGUCGGGAGAGAUGGUUUUAUCAUCUACAGCCUGGUAUCAAGGAAGGUAGUUGGAGUGAAGAAGAAGAGAGAAUAUUAGUUAAAAUGCAUGCCAAGAUUGGAAAUCGCUGGUCAGAGAUUGCAAAGAGCAUUCAAGGAAGAACAGAUAGUGCCAUAAAGAACCAUUGGAAUGGCACUAUAAGCAGACAAAACUCAAGGAAAAAUUACAAAAGGAAAAUAUGCUCGAAUGGAAAGCCACAAUCCUGUAUUCUUGAAAACUAUAUUAAAAGGAUAACACCUAAAAGCACCACCCACAACAUCAACACAUCCACAGCUUCGUUAACUACCACCCCCUCUAGCUCUGCUUCCGCAACUCAUUCACAUUUCAGUUUAGCUCAAUCAGUCCCGGUUACCAAUGAGAAAUCGUCCUCACCACUCUUAGCUAGACUUGAUGAUGAAAUGCUCUUGGUUCAAAAUAUUUUGAAGGAACCACUUGUGAAUGUCGAAUCAUAUUCCUUGGGUUAUUACCAAACUAAUGGUGAUUCCAACCCAAACCCAAACUCACAAAAGAUGUACUUUGGUGAGAGUCUCAUCCCUACAAAGACUCUCAUUCCUUCUAAUAAUCUUGAUUCUGAUAUCCAUCUCUCUGACUUUGAGAAUGGAAAUAAUAGUAGUUACGUGAUUCAAAACCAGAGCAUGGAUCUGCAGAUGGAGAAUCAAAAUAGUUCAGAAGGAAACGAGGACAUGGAUUUAACGCAGUUGGUUUGUUCUGCUUUGUUUUUCCAGUAG